GAAAAGUGUGCAUGUUAAAAAAAAUACAAAGAAAAGAAAAACUCUAUACAUCCAUGAAAAAUGGGGCAACUUUCUUAUUUUGAUCUCUCUUAUUGCUCUCUUUUUGCGCUCUUGUUUUACUACUUGGGCUUAUAUGUGCAGCGCUAGUGCCUCUCGUUUAACAGGCUCAGGCUUCGGCAUCAUGUGAACGCCCUGUAAUGAUGAUGCUUUCUUUCGGCUUGUUCAUGAGUUCUGGAGUGUCGAGUCUAGUUUUCUCAGGAUUCUGGUGUGCUAGACUCUGACCCAGAUUCGAUCGGACUCUGUUGAUGUUUUCCUCUUCACAUUCUUCCUAUAUUAUCAGGAAAGUGUGCUACUCUGUUCUUUCCCGAUCUGUCUUGUUUUUUAUCAUUUAUUUUAUCUGUAAUAGACGACUACUUUUUUUUUCCUUAUUCAGUAUUUUUCUUAUUGGGUUUAGGGAUGUAAACAAAUCGAAUCGAAUCGAAUAUCAUUGGAUUCGAUUCAUAUUCGUAAAAGUAAUUACAUAUUCGAAUCAGUAUUCGAAUAUCUUUUGAAUCUUAUUUACUAUUUGUAUUUGUUUCAUAUACUGAUUCGCGAAUAUUCGAACCGAAUCGAAUAUUUGUUUCAUUUUUUACAAAUUUUAAAUAAUAUAAAUUGAAUAUUCGAUUAAAAAAUUUCUAUUAUUCGAUUCGUCUUCCUACUAUUUGAUUCCAGUCGAAUAUAUUCAAUUCACGAUUUUGAUAGAGAAAAAUUCUAAAAUAAUAUUUCAAAUAAAAUACUUUCAUUUGAAUUAUAUUUGUAAUCAAAGUCUUUUCAAAGCUUUGAUUAUUAUUAUUAUUCUUGUUGUUGUUGUAUAUUUUUAUCUAAAUAAAUAUUAUUUUAUUGUGUAUUUUACUUUAUAUCUAUUUUAUUCUUUAUGUUUUAAAUAUAAAUAUCAUAUAUAUAUAUAUAUAUAUAUAUAUAUAUCGAAUAUUUUCGAAUACCGAAUCGAAUAUCGUAAUUCUUGAAUCAUAUUUGAUAACUAAUCGAAUUAAAAAAAGUAUUUGUAUUUGUAUUCGAAUCAUAAAAUUUUGUAUUCGAAUACCAAAAAUUCAAAUCGAAUACUGAAUUGAAUCAAAAUUAUUUGAUUAAUUUUUGUCCCUAAUUGGGUUGUGUUUUCCUUAUUGGGUUUUUGCCGAUAAGAUUUUGAUAAGACUCGGCCCAUUAAUUAGUAUUCUUGUGUGGUCAAUGGAUGGUUAGAUUUUUUUUUUUACUUAAUAAUUUUUUAAUUCAGCAGAUAUUCAUAAAACUUAAGACACUUUUUUUACAUGUUUCCACAUUAAUUAAUAUGACUCACACAUAAUUCAAUUUCAAUCACUCAUGUCAUAUAAUAAUAAAAUAUUUUAUUCACUAUAUAGAAAUCAAUAAAUAUUGCAUUAAAACUAAAAUUGCUCCACUUUUUAUGUAGAGUGGCCGAGUGGGAGUAGUAUGCCUUAUGCAAUGUGGUUUUUGUAGAUCCUUUAUGAACAGGAAUUUAAUUAUGAACUCAUGACUCAGGUUGCUCCAUUCUACUCCAGAAUCUUCCGCAUUUUCUCCGCUCCAAAUUCUCCCAAAACCCUACGCAAUCCUUUCCCUCGCCCUUUACUCAAGAAAGAUUCACAUCGGACUAUUGCCGUUCGCCCCCCCUUUCGGCCCCCCUCCGUCGUUGCGAGCCCACGCCACAGAGUAAGCGGCGGAAGCACCGUCGCAGCUGGAUUUGCGAGGAUGUCGAGCGCCGCCGCCGAUACUGUGGCGUUUCAGCUGUCGCCGUCGAGUGUUCUGAAGAUUCAGAAGGGGGACAUUACUCGGUGGUCCGUCGAUGGCUCCUCCGAUGCUAUUGUCAAUCCAGCAAAUGAACAGAUGCUUGGAGGUGGAGGUGCUGAUGGAGCCAUACAUCGAGCUGCUGGUCCAGAACUACGGGAAGCAUGCUAUGAGGUCCCAGAAGUGAGGCCUGGAGUUCGUUGCCCCACAGGAGAAGCAAGGAUUACCCCGGGCUUUCGUUUGCCAGCUUCUCAUGUUAUUCAUACCGUUGGACCAAUUUAUUAUACAAAUAAGAACCCUGAAGCUGCUUUGAGAAAUGCGUACAGAAACAGUCUACGUGUGGCAAAAGAGCACAGCAUUCAAUACAUUGCAUUCACAGCUAUAUCCUGCGGGGUCUACAGCUAUCCUUUUGAUGAGGCUGCCAAAGUGGCCAUAUCUACGGUAAAUGCAUUUGCUGGCGACUUUAAGGAGGUGUAUUUCGUUGUCUUCUCAGACGAGGUCUAUGAUGCUUGGGUAAAAGCCGCCAAUCAAUUGCUUAAAAAAUGAUGGGUCCGCCAUCGGAAGUCAUGAGAUUCUUGUUCUUGAAGUUGCUGGAAAUUAUUAUAAAAAAAUACUCUCAUAUCCACGAAUAUUCUCCUGUCAAACACAUCCUUUGGAAACAUGGUAAUUUAGUGAUAUUGUAUGUAGUGCAAUUAAUGUGUCAAAUAUGAAUUUGUGGUUUUUCUCCUAUGGAGAUUAGUUAGUGACCAAGUUGAGAUUUUGAUGGUGUAGUUACAGAUGCUACAACAACUACUGCUGCUGGUACAAUUACAAACCAAGCAAAAUUUACCACAAUUCCAUUUAAAUUAUCUUACAAA